AGGCUCGCAUGUGAGGGCUGAGAAGGUAAACAAGAGGCGGGACACGUGCUCCGCUACAAUGCCUGUCACACAACACCCGACAACGUAUACAAUUUAAGUAAACUGCAAUUAUCCUCGGUCCAAAUAUCCACAGAUACAGCACUCUAUAAGAAUUAUACAUGAAAAGACCAUUCCAUCAUGGGCAUUACAACUCAGUACCUUCGUUACGUACCUGGCUCACUGUUUGGGUUGAUUGGCACUGGCAGAUGUAUUCGCUUUGUUACAAGGUUCAGCCAAACAGCAAAAUAUGUGGCUGUGCCUGCUUGUGAACAUGUUUUUGUUUGGGAUAUUAGAAGAGCUGUCAAGGUUUUAACUUUGGAUGCAGAAGUGCGAGGAAGUGUGACAGUGGUGGAGCCUCGGCCUCCUGCCCCCGGCUCUCUUGAUAACACUCACCUGGCUGUAGGAUACACUGAUGGGUCUCUUGCUGUCUUUGACCUAAGAGUUGGUCUGCCAUUAAAGUUUACUGGUCACCGUGGAGCAGUGUCAGCCUUAGCAUGGGAUCCACAGGGCAUGAGAGUUGCAUCUGGUAGUGACGAUGGUGAAAUAGUAAUAUGGGAUGUGGUUUCUGAACGUGGAAUGGUUCGUCUGAAAGGACACAAAGGAAAGAUAACCAGAAUUCGCUUUCUACAGAAUCGUAAUGUAAUUGUGUCGUCUUGUAGGGACUCGUUCAUCAAAUUCUGGGAUAUAGAUGUGAAUCAUUGUUUUAGAACUUUGACUGGACAUCGUGCUGAGGUGUGGGACUUUGUGUUGCUGAGAAAUGAUACACGGUUGGUAUCAGGAAGCAGUGAUGCAGAACUAAGAGUGUGGGCACUGCGCUUUACUGAUGCAGAUUCUAAAACUGUAAAGGACAAAGAUGAAGUGUCAGAUGAGCCUCCAAAUAAGAUAUUUCAUAUUGACACGGAAGGAACACAUUCUUCCUCGGGCGUGGACCACCAAGACAAAAUAGAAGAUGACGCGAGUGUUUUGGAAAUUGUAAGAUUAGGAAGUGUACUUCGCUCUCGUGGUGACCGAGUGUGUGGCUUGCACACCGAUGGUCGUGUGGUUGUUUGUCAUGGAAAGUCUCCAGUCAUGGACCUCUUCAUCAUUCUGACGGAUGAAGAGGUACAAGCAAAAGUUUCAAAGAGACUUAAAAAAGCACGAAAACGUGCACGAGAAUCGGGCAAUGAUGUUGAAGUAGGUGAAACACCACAACUUGCUGAUGAACUAAGAAAACUGCCAACAUUACGAGCAGCUAAUAAGUUGUUAGGGUUGGAUAUAGUAUCCGAAAACCUGGGCACUGUGAAAGUAGUUGGACUUCAUGUUGAUAACAGCCUGGCAGUGUAUGGAUCCAGUCUUGAUGCUAAAGAAGAUAAAGGCCAAUUUCAAGAUAAGAAAAAAGGAACUUCAAAUGCUAUCAGUGAAUUAUAUAAUCCAGGCCAUAGAACAGAAGUGAGGGCAAUAGCAUUCAACUCUCUUAGUGACCAAGUCAUCACUGCUAGUGCUGACUCUCUCAAAGUCUGGCAUAGAGGUGACAGACAAGCUAUAACUACAGUUCCUUGUGACUAUGCUGUGUGUGUUGUUGUUGUGCCCGGUGACCGCCAUGCCCUGAUUGGCACACGAUCUGGCUGUCUUCAGCUGGUUGACUUUGGAUCAUCCAUAUUACUAGAGAAUAUCAUGGCUCAUGAACCUGACGAGAUGGCCACAGACACAGGUGUAUGGUCAAUUGCACUUACACAUGAUGGGCGUGGCUUCAUAACAGGUGGAAGUGACAAGAUGGUCAAGUUCUGGAAAUUUGAACUGAUUCGUGAUGAAGAUGAAGGUCGAGGAAAGAGACUGAGUUUUGUACAAGACAGUAGGGCUCUCAAGGUUGCUGACCAAGUUACGUGUGUACGAUGCUCCGCCGAUGGAAAAUUUGUAGCUGUGGCAACACUGGACCUAAAAGAAACGCUCUAUUUCUCAGAUAGUUUAAAGCUGUGUCAUGAGCUAUAUGGAAAGUCUCUUCCUACCACAUGCAUGGACUUCUCCACUGAUGGGACCUUGAUAGUAACUGGUAGUAAGGACACAAGCCUUCGUAUUUAUGGAACAGAUUUUGGGGAUCAAAAAAGAUUACUGAAGAAUGCACAUCAAGGAGGGGUGACAGAUUUACGUUUCAUCCCCAAAACCCAUAUGUUCUUCUCUUGUGGUCAAGAUGGCACAGUAAAGCAAUGGGAUGCUGACAAUUUUCAGAGGAUCAUUACUCUUGAAGGACAUGCUGGAAUUGUCAGGUGUCUAGCAGUCUGUCCUAAAGGUGCUUGGGUUGCAAGUGGUGGACAAGAUCGUUCAGUACGGCUUUGGGAACGCACUCAUGAGCCCUUGAUAUUAGAAGAAGAGCGUGAGGAAGAACGCAAAAAGGAGGAAGAGGAAAGUGGAAUGUCUGCUACACAACGGCCUGUAGUUCCAGGAGAAGAAGGGGCUCAGGCAGUCAGAUCAACUAUUACAAGUCAUCACACAGAAAAAGCUGCUGAUAUGAUAUUGGAAGCGCUUGUGAUUUAUCGCCAGCAAGUUGAAGCAGGACCGUUGGCUGUACCCCACCACUUGAUGACAUAUGUGUAUCACACCUCUGACCCACUCAAGUUUGUCCUAGAGGUACUUAGGAAAGUGAAAUCAAGUGAACUUGAAGAAGCAAUAAUUGUGCUUCCUUUGGAUCGUAUUCUUGAGUUAUUGAUCGUCAUUAAAGGACUUUUGGAACAUGACUGGGAUGUGGAAUUAGCAAGUAGAAUAUUGAUAUUGGCAGCAAGGAUUAACCUUCCGCAGUUACUGUCAUCUACUAAAGCUGCUCCCAUUAUCCAUGCUCUAGCACAGCUGCUACCUCAGAAGACACUUCAGCUGCAGAAUAUAGUAGGAUUUAAUCUUGCUGGGCUACACCACAUGAAGAAUAGACUAGAACUGCGGUCUGAGACUCAGUUGUUUGCCGAAGCCUCACAGAAAGUUAAAGAAGCCCGCAGGAAGAGGAAGAAGAAGGACCAAGCUGUCAAGAGAGUGUUGAUGACUAUAUAAUGAUACAUAAUUAUGGUCGUGUGAUUAUACUAUAAUUUAUAUUUACAUAUUAGUGUAUUUUAAUAAAAUUACAUAAAUGU